AAGAUUUUUUUUCUGCUUAUGAGAAGUUGCACGGGUUAUAAAAUUUCUAUUUCGCGGUUAAUAUCGCAAAAUACGGCCAACAUUUUUUAUUUUUUAUCUGACCAAAACGCUAGGUUAAAGAUAAAACAAUCUCAGAGUGUGAAAGUGCCUACUGAUUUCCAAUGUUGAUACUUCAUCGCCAUUAUCCUGAUAAAAAAAGGAGAAAGCUACAUGGUUAUGUUUACAAAAUGUAAAAUCUAUGGGCAAAAAUGAUACUCCAAAAUUCAAUUAAAAACGAGGAGCAACGUUUUAAGUCACUUCUGUUGGCGCGACUCUACUAUUAUACCCGUACUCAGUCAGUAUAUACAUGUAACAGGGAGUGAGCAAGUCGGCCCACUGAAGGAGCAUUGGUUAACAGCAGUGACAGCAGAGCAGCAGCGGUAACAGUAGAUGAACAGCAGUAAAAGCAGUAACAGCAGCAAAAGAGAACGAGAAACAACAGCAGAGAGGAAGAUCAGCAGAAGGAGUAGAAAGAAGACAACCGAAGCAGACGGACGUAGCGUUGAACAGCAGCAGCAGAAAUCAGCCGAUAUCAGACAGUUACCGAAGCCCAACUUUUCUUACUAUUACCUGUGCACCGCAAUAUAAUAUCAAUAAAACUAUACCUAAAUAACAACUUACAUUUGGGGGCUCAACCGGUCGCGUAUUGCCAGCGAAAAGUGAAAAUUUGUAUACCGUAUGUCUCACAAGAAGAUAAAGCGAGACAGAAGAUAAGCUUUGCGCCGCAAGUCUCAGAAGCCGCCAGCAGAAGAAGCGAGACAGCUAGACAGCGAGUGAGUGAAAAGCAGAAUUGUGAAAAAAACGUUGUUCCAAGCAGGCAGCCCGAAAAAGUAUUGCGCAGUAGAAUUAUAACGCAAAAUAAAAGCGCACCAACAGCCAAGAAUAUGCAGCAAGACGAAGGCCCAAGUGGAUCAGGGGCAUGCGGGAACUACCGCCAAAACACAGACAAUGAAACGAGGAGUGCAGCAGUCAUAGAAGAAAACACACAGACGCUACAACAGCUGGUACAACUUCUUUCAAUGAAAAUUAGUGCUGAUGAAAUUGACAAGAAAAAUGAUGCAAGGCUGGUAGUGGAAAAUUUUGCCAAAAUUAUUCCCGAAUUCAGUGGAGAAAAUAUGUCGGUACAGCAGUGGUUCAACAACUUCGAACUAAACGCAGAGGCAUAUGGACUUAACGACAAGCAAAAAUACGUACAAGCUCGAGCAAAAAUGACAUGUACGGCCGCUCUUUUCCUCGAGUCCAUAGCAGUGUAUGAGUACGGCCAGUUACGUCAGGAACUUAUACAGGAGUUUAAGAGUGAUCGUUUAUGCAGUGCCGAAAUUCACAAUCAGUUGUCGGUACGAGUGAAAACUAACAAUGAAAGUUUUCACGAAUAUAUACUGCAGAUGAAACGCAUUGCUUCGCAUGGGACAACAGACCCGGAAUCGGUAAUUCGAUACAUUGUCGACGGAUUGAAGUUAAAAACGGAUUACAAGUACACCUUGUAUGGAUGCACUUCAUACAAGCAGCUGAAAGAGAAGUACGAAAUAUACGAAAGAACGCUGUCGGCCGAUGAGGGUUUGAUGCUGAAGAAGAAAGACGCACAGCCGUUCGAAAAGAGGCAAAAUCACAACAACUAUAUGAGAAAACAGCACUGCUAUAAUUGUGGAUCCCAGGACCAUCUACGCAGGGAUUGCCGAGCUGCAUUGAAGUGUUUCCGAUGCAAUCAGACUGGACACAUGUCGAAAGUCUGCCCGAGUGCGGCUGCCGUAAACGUGGUAUACGAGGAAAAACGCCUGAAGUCUCUCAAAAUCAACAAUGUGCAAGUAAAGGGGCUCAUAGACACCGGGGCAGAUGUUUCCAUUUUAAAAAUGUCUGUGUUCGGGAAAAUGAGUGGCGUAAUUCUGCAACCAAGCUCGUCAACUUUAAGAAGACUGGGAAACAACAUCACACGCUCCGCUGGGCAGUUCAUGGCAGAAGUAGAGAUCGACGGAAUGUGUCUGGCACACAAGUUCCUUGUUGUGGCCGAUAAUGCCGUCGGAUGCGAAUUGCUGCUGGGACACGACUUCAUAUCCAGAUUCACAAUGAUGUCAACGCCGGGAGGUUAUCAGUUUUCUCCCCUGUCAGGGGAGGAAACUGUGGACACCAAACAGAUAAGUAUUUACAAUGUGGUUGAAGCAAAAACUGAUAUAGACGUCCCUUCGCAGUACAGAGAUGCCGUCCAAUCGAUGAUUCAGGAGUUUAACGAAAAGAAGCAGACUGCCGUGUGCCCGAUCAUGCUGAAGAUCGUGCCGGAUGAGAACAUAGCACCGUUUCGACAUGCGCCAAGUCGAGUGGCCAUUAGCGAAGCCGAUGUCGUUAAGCAGCAGGUCGAUGAAUGGGCCAACGAGCCAAUACGACGCUCAUCAUCGAAUUUUGCCAGUCGGACAGUAAUCGUCAAGAAAAAAGAUGGGAGCAACCGGGUCUGCGUGGACUAUCGUCAGUUGAAUAAGAUGGUCUUGAAAGAUUGUUUCCCCGUUCCAAUCGUUGAAGAUGUGCUAGAGAAACUGGAAAAUGCGAAAAUGUUCACCAUCAUGGACCUGGAAAAUGGAUUCUUUCACGUUCCUGUGGAAGAAGGCAGCAAGAAGUAUACGGCGUUCAUAACGAAGCAAGGCCUCUAUGAGUUCAACCGCGCGCCUUUCGGUUUUUGCAAUUCGCCAGCAGUUUUCAUCCGUUUUAUUGGCUAUGUAUUUCAAAACCUCAUAAAUGAAAACAUUCUAGACUUGUACACGGACGAUAUCGUUAUACACGCCGAAACCGCAGACGAAUGACUGGGAAAG